AUGUCGUUCACCGCCGCCACCACGAGACCCGCGCUGAGCAUGAAGCUCCUCAUCGACACCAAGGCCCAGCGCGUGCUUUUCGCAGAGGUGAACAAGGACGUGGUCGACUUCCUCUUCUCCCUCCUCGCCCUGCCCGUCGCCACGGCCGUCAGGCUGCUCGGGUCAGAUUCCAUGGUCGGCAGCGUUGGCAACCUCUACUCCAGCGUCGUCAAGAUCGACGGCGCCUACGUUCUGAACGAAGACGACAUUGACGCACUCCUCAAGCCAACUGUCUCCUCCCAUGCGGCGGCCUCCAACACCUCCCUCCUCCGCCUGCCAGAUCCAUCGCCAAAGGGAUUCUUCAGGUGUGACCGUUGUAAGAGUCCCAGAUACAUGACGGACGAGAGGGGUACCAAGUGCCUGGAAUGUCGCACUCCGAUGAUGGUUGAAAUCCGGUGCGUGCGUCCUGAUUCCGGUGGAUCCCGGCAGGCCGCCACCGUCGGCAGCGCGAGAGGGUUCGUGCAGGGCAUCGUGACGUACACGGUGACGGACAACCUCAAAGUGACCCCCAUGUCCUCCAUCUCCAGCAUGACCCUGCUCAUCUCCCACGGCGUCAUGGACUUCAGCGCGCUCCAGGAGAAGACCGUGCGGCUCGGCUCCACCGCGGGUUUGGCGAUUCUGAAGGCGUCGCUGCAGUCCAAGACCGUUCUCACCGACGUCUUCCUUGCCAAGAAGCGGAAAACAUAUUGA